UCGAGAUGGGCCCCGCCGUCAGGGCCCCACCGACGUCGCUGGUUCCGGCGUCGUAGCCAAGUCGCGCUCCCUCUUAACAAAAUUUAAAUUUCAAAACCCCAAAACCCUACCAAAAUUCAACAGCAGCAACGAGAACGAAAAUCCCGCUCCUCUCCCUUCCCCCCUCCCCCCUCCCCUUGUCCGUACUUGUAGAUUAUUUCUCCCUCAAUCUCUCUCUCUCUCUCUCACAUUCCCUCUCCUUGUAUUUCUCCAUUUCUCUCUUUUCCAAACCCUAUAUAGGAAAGAAGGGUUUCGUGAUUCGUUCGGAUCGGAUUGAAAUUAGGGUUUAUCCAUGAUUGAUUUGGCAAUGCCAUGAAAUUUUGAUAAAUUCGCUACGGCCGGGGCAGAAUUUGGAGUUGUUCCUUGAAGAUCGCUUGGAGCAUGGGCUGCUUCUUUGGAUGUUUCCGUGUCAAAGAGGGGGAUGGGCCGCAGCCUCAUCUUGUUUCCGUUGCCACUUCUUCCAAAAUCAGGGAACCUUUGGUAUCAGACAACCGACUUGCAUCUUUGCUUUCACGUGAAGAGAACACUUCUCUGCCCAAGGAUGCGGAAAAGAAUUUUUCACAAUCUGUGUGUGGUAAUGUGGAUGGAGAGAUUUUGUAUACGGAGCUCAAGGAUGAGGCCAAAUUCCUCAAGUCAUGUGGCACGCUCGUGGAGACUCCUGCUGAAAUACGGAAGGCAUCUGAGAGAAUGCGAGUUCUCCCUCAUGAUGGAAAUGAUGUAUCUUCCAAUUUCCGUUCGUGGCUUCCUGGUUCUUCUGGCAAGAGGCUUCUUUGGGAUGAGCAACCUGAUCAUGUUCCCAUUUCACCUGUUAAACUAACAGACGAAGGAAAGACAUCCGUGCUUGAAAGUUCAGGUUCCCCAGAGCACAAAUCUAGGAGCCGUAUGCCUGAGCAACAAAUGCAGACAAGGAUGAAACAUAUGGAGUCUCCCGAUGGCAUUGGUUUGGAGAGUGUUGAGACUACAAUUGGGAUUCCCAUUCAUUUGCACAAUAAAGAUAACUUACCUUCAGUGACUCCUGAGCUUCCAAUUGUAAGCACACAGUGCAAGAAAUGUGUGCGUUUUGAAUGCGAUCCAUCUGAAAGCGAUACCCACAGCUGCAAGGGUUUAGACUCCUUGGGCUCUCACGAUAGAAAUGGACGACUACUUGGACAGCAACAAUCACCUUACCCGACUCCGUUAAGACUGACGGAGGAAAUGCAGACUCCAGGUACUGUCUUCCCGGUUGAACUAGAAAAUCUAGCAACAGGGAAGAAUGCUCGGAUCCGGUCGCAGUAUGUGUAUCCGGUUUUGAAUACUGUUGAGAAUUCAUCUCAAUGGAAUGCACUGAAGGGCUCAGAUGCUGGUGAACUAGGUUCUUCAGGAGAGGCUUUUGAGCUGUGCAAACAUGCUAGUUCUGAUUGCCUGGCCAAGACACCAAUGAAUUACAGGGCAACUGCUGAUGGGUUGGUGCAGAAUGAGCAUAAUUCUAUGCUGGUUGAUGCAAGCUUGGCACAAUGGCUGAAGCCAGGAUUGGCACAUGACGAGAGAGGUCACAAGCACUUGACCUUCUCCAAUGGAAAGUCUCCUUCCGGUAGGAGUCCAGAUAAUGAUAGGCCGAUCCUGGGAACUGUCGCUGCUCAUUGGAAUGAUGAACCUAUUCAUGUUUCGCCAAAGUGGUGGGAUGGGAAUGGGAUUCCCAACUCAACCAACAAAUAUAAGGAGGAUCAGAAGGUCAGUUGGCAUGCUACGCCAUUCGAGGAGAGGUUAGAGAAGGCAUUGUCAGAUGAGAGGUUAUUCCCCCAAAGGAACCUCAAUGGGAAACCCAUCGAUUUUGAUGACAGUGAGGAAAGUGACACGGCUGCAUCGUACUUUCAAGCUUCGAACCACCUCAACCAAGCCAUGCAAUCUUGAAUUAUGAGCAUCAUGACGGUUUAGUGUUUUUUGUGAGCUUCCAUGAGCCAUGUUUUCCCAGGCAGUAGUGGAUUUCUCUGAUCUUGAUAAUGUUACAUACGUCAUCUUAUGUUUGACAAUCAUCUCAUGAGCACUGGUUAGUUGCAUAUCGAGAACAUGCAGGUUCUUUCAGUUUUAACCACUUGCAUUUGCAGUGCGAGUGCUGCCGUCUUUGUACAUAAGAAUACUUCUUUUGAAGCUAUGCUGUUGUGAGGUAUUUGCUGAAUCUACAGUCCAGAGACUAAAAAUGAUCUUUGAUUUCUAA